CAACGGUGUGUGUUCACUUCGCUGAACAGGGUCAAUACAAUUGUAUGGGAGAAUGCAGGCCAGCCAGACAGGCGUUUUUCAUCUGGGAGAGCCUUGAGCAAAUGUUUACGGUCAGAGUUUUCCUCUUGUGGGCACGAUUUAUUUCGUUCGUAGCGAGAAGAGAGCUUGCUACCUUAGUGGCGUAGGUAGGCUUCUACAACAAUCAGACCGUCUACCUGAACGCAAGGGCGCUCUGGUUAGAUCAACGGGAGGGAUAUAAACGCACAAACACUCGGUGGAGGUACACAAAUCCUCUGCACUUUGAGAUGUGGAUGCGAUGACGGCUGCCUCCAGAGACCAGAGGAAGUGGCUUUUGCAUCGGUACUGCCCCCACAGACCCAGUGUUUGACAUCUCAGACAAGCACCAGCCACUUUUCGCCUGACGCUAGCUCCCUAGCCCCGAUUUUGCUCUUUGGGUCAUCAUGGAGCACCAAGGCCUACUCUCUAUCAUCGUGGUCAUUCUAUGGGUUAUGGCUGUGUGUUUGGCCAGGCUUACCCCCCGGGUCUCCUUUCCCAUGGGUUCACCUGGGAGGUGUCUCAGCCACUUCGACAGCUCGGACGUCGGCAACACCACGACACUGUUGCUAAGCGAUGACGGCGACACGCUGUUUGUGGGAGCGCGGAACGCAGUUCUCUCAUUGGAUGUCAGCCAGGAGGAUGCCAUUGUGAUGAGGAGCAAGCUGGACUGGUCCCCCUCAGAGAAGGACCUGGACGAAUGCUCCAUGAAGGGCAAGAAAAAGAUGGACUGUCCCAACUUCAUCCGGGUGCUGCAGUUCCUCAACUCCACGCACAUGUACGCCUGUGGAACCUUCGCCUUUAGCCCACGCUGCGCUUACGUCAACUCCGAGACGUUCUCCCUGGUGACGAGCCCCAGCGGAAAGCCAGAGGAGGGCAGAACAAGGAAAUAUAAUUUGACAAAGCUGAUGACCCCAUACGACCCCAUGUGUGUGUGUGUGUGUGUGUGUUUAGAUGGAGAGCUGUACACUGGAACUGUAGCGGACUACAUGGGAAACCGGCCGGUCAUCUCCCGCCACCUCAGCGAGGGUGGCCAUGUUGAUCUGAAGCUGGACGACACUUUGGGCUGGCUGGAGGAUCCCACUUUCAUUAGCUCCAACUUCGUCCCCAGCGAAGAGAAGAUCUAUUUCUUCUUCAGCGAGGUGGGCCGGGAGUACGACUUCAUUGACAAGUUCACUGUAUCUCGCAUCGCCCAAGUCUGCACGAGUGACGUCGGGGGCCAGCGUACCCUGCAACGACGCUGGACCACCUUCGCUAAAGCCCAGCUCCUGUGCCAGUCUGACAAUGAGCUGCCCUACAACGUCAUCCAGGACAUCGUCACCCUCCCGCCACCUGAGGGCGCCCCAGUGGACGACACCCUCUUCUUCGGCAUCUUCAGCUCUCAGUGGUCGGUGAACUCAGGGCAGUCGGCAGUGUGUGCGUUCCGCCUUGGCGAUAUCAAAGCGGUUUUCGCAGGCAACUACAAGGUCCUGAAUCGGGACACGCUUCGAUGGAGCAUGCGGGUUCAGGAGAAGGUUGCCAACCCGGGAGAGUGUGGCCUGCACAAUGCCUCAGACAACACCCUUCGCUUUGUCAAAGAAAACUUCCUCGCAGACGACAGCGUACACCCUGUGGGGCGGAGCCUGACCAUGGUGUCACCUGACCAGCGCUACAGCCAUGUGGUCUCCCAGAGAGUACAGGCCGCCAACGGCAAGGACUUCACCGUUCUCUUCCUGCUCACAGAAUCGGGCUACCUCCACAAAGCAGUGUUGCUGGAGAAGGGUGCCCACAUCAUUGAGGAGAUCCAGGUCUUCGAGCAGCCUCAGGCCGUGAAGAACCUCCUGCUUUCCAAAUCAAAGGGUGUGUUGUUUGUGGGCACAUCAGAAGGCGUGGUGAGGGUCCCGUCCUCCAACUGCUCCUACUACUGGAGCUGUGCCGAGUGUGUGCUGUCCCGGGAUCCCUUCUGUGGCUGGGACCCCUCCGUCAAAGUCUGCACCCACGCCACCAGCAUCCAGGACAACGUAGGCCAGGAUGUGGAAGGAGGGAAUGUGCAGGGGGCGUGUGUUUCGCCCAGAUCCAGAUUUGGACUGCACAAAGGAAAAGCAGACUCCUUUCCCCUAGGUGAGCUGGUGUCUGUGUCUCUGAAUGAGGUGGUGCGACUGCAGUGCCCAGAGGCCUCGAGCCUUGCCCACCGCCACUGGGAGCGACCCAACAGCCGCCUCUCCCCAGACCUCUACCUGCAGCUGGAGGAUGGAAGCCUGCAAUUCCUGGCCACACCCGCCACCCUGGGCCACUACCUGUGUCUCUCCACAGAGAACGGCUUCCAGCAGAACCUGGCCAUCUACCAGGUAAAGCAGAAGAGCAGCCCCACCCCUCAGGCCACUGCCAUGACGACCACACGCCCCCAGAGCCCAGCGCUCCCCCCAACCACCCAGGCUGGUUCAGGAGGAUGGCUCACUCCGCACUUGCCUGGGCCCAAGCAGACCAAGCCGGAGCCCACCGCGCCAGCAAGGGAGACUCCAGUCACCACGAGGCGAACCAGCAGGAACUUUACUUUCUGGGUGGAGCAGUCGGGGGAGACUGAGACUGAAGCGGAGUGGUGGGGAGGGGAGAAGCUGCUCCUGGGGCAAACCUACCUGAAGGAGUUGGUGGUGGUGUCUGUACUGCUAGCGUGCUGCGUUAGUAUUCUGCUAACUAUGACGCUGUAUAGCGUGAGGCAGCGCUGCCGCAGCAGGACGGCGCCCCAGGCCAGCGCCCCAGGGAGGGACUCGGAGAGGGGUGGCCCUCAGGAGCGGGAGGCCCUUCGGGGGGGUCAGUCGCCAUGCAGCAAUGGCAUGCGGAAUGGGCAGAUGGCACACAAUGGCCAAGCCAACGGGGUCGUGUGCAACGUCACGCCGAGGGGCUCCAAUGGGCAUCUUCCCAACACCCCUAUCUGAGCACAGUCAACCACACCCUAACUAUUGACAUGCCAUAUCCACUCUACCUAAGAACAAUGUAGCCUUUACAUGGCCACUCUUGAGCCAUGGAGUUUUACAUGAACACGGCUAACUGCAGCACUGUGUGUGGACUGUCAUGACAGCGAGUAAGACUGUAUGUAUGGCCUGAUGUGGUAACUCAACUAAAUGGACACUGUUUUCUUCUGGUACGAUACCAUCCUGUGUGAAUCAAAGUGCAGACUGAUUAACAUGACUCACUGCUCUUAUAUAAUAAUCUGUAUUAUACUGUGCUGUAUGUACUUUGGAGACGAGGUUCUAUUGACUAGGCUGUUAUGUGUAUUUAAUGAAAUAGCCAAGAAAGACAAUUUUAUCGAAUGUACAUGAACUGCAUCACUACACUGCCGCCACACUGCCACAAAAAAAAAGAAAAAUGGCUCCUGUCUAACUAUUAAGGAACAUGUCCACACAAAUCACAGGCAGGAUCACAAACAACAGCCUUUUUUGUUCUAACAGUAUUUUUGUAGCAUCAGGUCUACAUUGCUAAACCACUGUCUUUGUAUGCGGAGCACGUUGUAUGGUACAAUGUUCUAUUGUUAUUUAUUUUGCUGUUUUUUUUUGUCGUUCUGUUGAAUGUGCUGCCAAUUUACUCUUCUCUUUCACCCAAAACGCACAUUUUUUUUAAAUACUGCGGUCUGUGAAGCCAUGAGAACAUGUUGAUUUGACACUGUAGGGCUUAUCUCUUCCAGAACAAGAUUAUGCUGGUGGUUAGAGACCUUUUUAGUUUUUAUAAUUUAUGUGGUUGUCAGCAUAUUAACUGGACAGAAAUCCUCAAAUCACUUAGAAAACUGUGAUAUUGCCAAAAUUGCAUUUUGAAUGAAAACAUGUUUUUUUGCUAGACAGCUAUUCAGAAACUGAAAGCAGAUUAUGAGAAAAUUGGUCCAUUUUAAAGCUGCUUUAGAUGACGAUGAGAGAAACUAAUAGUUAUUAAACAGAUCUCAAACCACU